AUGGCAGAUGCCGACAGAGCAAGGAAGCGUCGUAAGCUCGAUAAUACAACACGCGCCGCUCCAGCGAGCACUCCAGCAUCACAACGCAAAUCGUCCAAUUACAUCAGCAAGAAGCCAGGCUUUCAGAUACGUACGAGUGAUAAGGGAGAGUCAACGAGGAAGGGCACUUCUACUGGCAAAGAUGCCUGGGCUGAGGUCAAGGCACGAGGGUAUGGACUGCAUCCCUCGCAGAAGAAGGCAGAACUGGACGUCUACGAUGACAUAGAUGGCGCGCAUCCUUGUCCGCCUAAGAAGACCGCGUCUACUGGCAAAAGGAAGGAGCGACUGGACCCGUUGCGCAAUCAGCGAGCGGAGGCUGCGAGCUCGCCUAUCAAGAAGCCUUCUAGCUCUGCAGCGGCAGGUUUCUUCAAGCAGUUCCAUGCGCCGAGGGCGGAGGGCGCGAGAGAUGACGUGAAGUCGCUGGAGACUGCGAAUGGCCCUCAUGCCGAGGAAGGAAGGCACGACGGACAGUCAGACAUCGCGGCAGCUGCUUCAGACAAGUCCAAAGACGAAGACAGGACAGCUUUGCGGUAUACGUCAAGGACAGACCAGGACAGACAGCAGCGAGUAAAGGCAGCAGAUAGAUGGUUAUAUGAGUCUGAUGGCCCAGCUUCCACCGUACGAGCUACAGGCAAUGGUCGGCGAAAGACUUUCGAAGAUGAGAUACGAGAGUUGGAGGAGGCGGCGAAGCGCAAGGUUGAGCAGGAAGCCAAGGCGGGAGAGGACGAUGACCUGGAGGAGGCAAGUGCUACGGAGCGGCGAAGUGGUAGGGAGUGUAGGAUUGUGGUGAGAGAGGUGGUACAGGCAACGCCACGCCCGAAAGCAACAACAAACCGACGAAAGACGAAUGGACCGAAUGAAAGAGGCACGCACGAUGGCGAUAUUACUAAGCUCGGUCCUCCCGCCAUCGAGGAGCAGAGUGAUGCAGGGAACAGGCUCGGCAACGGCGACGAGGUCACGGCGGAGGACGAUGUGGAGAUUGAUGAGUCGGAAGAUGCAGUACCGAAGCCUACUGAGGCGACUCCGACCAAGGCGCUGGCAGCAAGACCACAUCGCCCAACACCUUCGAAGGUCAAGCUUCUGGGUUCGCAGCCCAACACGUCCAUCCGAUCUCACGAAUUUGAGCCCGAUGACCUCCAGGCAAUACAGUCUACCAUUCUAGAUCAACUGACUGGCCGGAGAGCUGUGCGGUUGACGAAUCUGGAAGAUGAGGGUGCAAAAGUCUCGAUAGUCAUCUCGCAAACGAUCACAGCAGGCGAAAGCAACAGUAUGCUUCUGAUUGGUGCGCGAGGAAGUGGCAAGACUGCUCUUGUGAACCAGAUCUUACAUCAACAGGCUCGCGAACAUGCUGAUGAUUUCCAUGUGGUACGACUUAACGGCUUCAUACAUACCGAUGACAAGAUCGCUUUGCGAGAGAUUUGGCGACAGCUGGGCCGUAAGAUGGAGCUGGAUGAGGCCGAAGGACCAGCGAAGAACUAUGCAGAUACUCUCGCAACACUCCUAGCACUGCUCUCACACCCUGCUGAGCAAGGACGCGAUCAGCCUGGACAAGUCACCAAGAGUGUUAUCUUCAUUCUGGACGACUUCGAGUUGUUUGCUACUCAUCCCAGGCAAACGCUACUCUACAAUCUGUUCGACAUUGCGCAAAGUAGGAAGGCACCGAUUGCUGUUCUAGGUCUGACAACAAAGAUCGAUGUCUCCGAAAGUCUCGAGAAGCGGGUGAAAUCUCGCUUCAGUCAUCGAUAUAUGCAUCUUGGGCUGGCGAAGAGCUUUGCAGCAUAUCGUGAGAGCUGUAAAGCCGCGCUUUCCAUUAGCGGUGAUACUGAUCUGGCUGAGGCAACGAGAGAGGCUUGGGGUGAAGUGAUUGACCACUUCCUGUCAUCUUACGCAGUCGAGCAGCAUCUGCGACGGCUAUACUACACCACAAAAUCCGUCUCCGACUUCAUGAGCAGUCUACUUUUACCAAUGGCCACAUUACCCACUGGUGCAAACACCACCUCACGGGAUGUCCUCAACCAUCUCACGGCAGCCAUCUCAGCCACGGCAUUGAGCCCACACGACAACAAGCUCACACUCCUCCCAAGUCUCAGCACAUUACAACUCGCACUGUUAAUCUGCGCAACCCGACUGACAGCAAUCUACAACACCGAACUCGUAUCUUUCCUACUAGCCUACGAAGAGUACAAAAUCCUCGCUUCAAAAGCCAAGAUUCAGGCUUCUGUAUCCGGUGGCGUAGGUGGAGCAGGCAGAACUUCAGGAAAGGAAAUUGCGAGGGUGGCGUGGAGGGAGCUGAUUGAUUGUGGGUUUGUGAUUGAGGAUGGGAGGGGUGGUGGUGGUGGUGGUGGAAGUGGAAGGGUUGAUGUUGGGUUGGAGGAGUUGGGCAUGUGUGGGGCGGAUCUUG